AUGGCUGCCAGCCUUGGUCUCAUCUACCGCAAAGCCAUGCGCAUCAGCCGACAAAGCUUUGCAAAGGUGACUACGGGCCACGUCGUCAAUUUGGCCUCCAAUGACGUCGAACGUUUCAUUACCACUUCAGUCCCUUUGCCCUUUCUGCUCAUUGCCCCCAUCCAAAUGGCUCUGGCCUCCUAUCUGGCCUGGGAGCAACUCGGCCCCUCCGCUCUCACCGGUGUCAGCAUCUACAUUCUUUUCCUCCCCCUGAAUGUGGUUCUGGGCAAGCUCUUUGCCAAGCUCCGCAGUCUGACCGCCGAUUUUACCGACGAACGUGUGAAAGUCGUCAACGAGAUUCUUUCAGGCAUGCGCGUGCUCAAAAUGUACGGGUGGGAACACCCCUUUACCCGGCUUGUCGAAGCGCUGCGCAAGCGUGAAAUGGGUACCAUCCGCAAAACCAAUGUAAUUCGCGCCAGCAACAUGGCCUUUUACUUCGUGUCUGGCAAUUUGACCGCAUUUCUCAGCCUCAUGACAUAUCAACUUGUCGAAGGCGAUCUUACCGCGGAAAAGGCAUUUACCACCAUCAGCCUUCUGCAAUCCAUCCGCAUGCAGCUGGCUCUGUUCCUGCCAACGGCCGUUCAGGGCGUGUCUGAACUCUCUGUGACCUUUCAUCGACUUGAGCGUUUCUUGCGCCUGCCGGAGCACGCCUCUUUCCUGGAGGAAGGUACCGCGUAUCGUCGCAUGUACACCCCGGAAAGUGGCAAAGGGCUCUCUCUCAGUCCAGCAGCCGUGGUCAACAAGCAUGGAAAACGGGCACAGGCUGUCAAGGACAAGAACGUGCGCGAGUCCAACCCACUGGCACUAAGCACUGCGACCGCCGAUACUGCUGUCGCACCUACACUUGACACUCCCACCCUCCGCGAUGUGACUACGACCUUUCGUGGCAAUGAGCUGGUCGCCGUGGUUGGCCCCGUUGGCUGCGGCAAGACUAGCCUCCUUAUGAGCGUGCUCGGUGAGCUCCUGCCCUCUGCAGGGUCUGUGACUGUGCAAGGUACAGUUGGCUAUGCCUCACAGGAGGCAUGGAUUCUCUCUGACACGGUGCGCGGCAACAUUCUCUUUGGCGCCCACUAUGAUGCAACUUGGUACAAAACCGUGGUGGAGGCCUGCCAACUGGCCCCCGAUUUGCUACUGUUUGAGAACAACGAUGCCACCGAGGUGGGCGAGCGUGGUGUCACUUUGUCUGGCGGGCAAAAGGCGCGCCUGUCGCUCUGCCGCGCGGUCUAUGCCGAUGCCGACAUCUAUCUGCUGGACGAUCCGCUUUCCGCCGUUGAUGCCAAGGUUGGCCGUCUUAUUUUUGAGGAGUGCGUCCAGAAGCUGCUUCACGACAAGCUCCGCAUCCUGGUGACCCACCAGCUACAGUUUAUCAAACACGCCGAUCGCAUUGUUGUCUUGGGCCGCGACGGCUCCGUGGACAGCGUCGGUACUUAUGAUGAGCUUAUGCAAGGUGGGCCCUCCAAACUCACGGAAAUUUUGGCCGAGCACGAAGCCGAUCAUGCCGAGCAAGCCGCACAUGAAGCUCAAGCCAAGGCUAAGGACAAGAAUCGCAAAGAAGGUGUUGUUGGAUUGGCCGCGUACUGGAAGUACUGUCGGUUGGCCGUGUCCACCCCUGCCAUCAUCUUUUGGAUCGGCUUGUGCAUCUUGACUCAGGUGGCACAACUACUGUCUGAUUGGUGGCUCAGCUAUUGGGUGGCCAUGGAUCCCGAAGAUCGCGGCGAUGAUAUCAACCUUGUGAUCUAUGCCGUCUUUAUCAUCGUUUUUUUGGUGACCGCCUUCUCGCGCUCGAUUGUUUUCAUGCAAUGGGCAGCCAAGGCAAGCACAAACAUUAGUGCUCUCGCGUUUGGUUCAGUUGUCCGUACGGACAUUCGCUUCUUUGAUAUCAAUCCCAUCGGUCGCAUCCUCAACCGCUUUUCCAAAGAUAUGGGUUUUAUCGACGACCUGCUUCCUGUAACAUUCUUUGAUCUUCUCCAGCUUUCGACUCUCAUCACGGGCACCUAUCUGCUCGUCUGUGCGCUGAACCCCUGGCUUUUCAUCGUUGUUCCUGUCCUGGCGGUGGCAUUUGUCAAGGUCAAUGCAUACUACUUGGCGACAGCGCGCGAGGUCAAGCGUCUAGAAGCUGUGGCCCGCUCGCCCGUCUACAGCCACUUCUCGUCAACUUUGAAUGGCCUGGCCACCUUGCGUAGCCACAGCGCAUCGGAGCGCUUCACUCGCCUGUUUGAAGAAUAUCAAAAUGGACACAGUCGCGCAUACAGUGCUUUUGUGACCACGAGUCGAUGGCUUGGCUGUCGCCUCGAUGCCAUUACUUUUACCUUUUUGGCAGCCGCGGUCUUUGUUACCACGGCCCUGCGCGAUGAUCUCGGCUCUUCUCGUCUCGGUCUGCAAAUUAGCUACGUCUUGCAACUGACUGCCACCUUCCAGUGGGCUGUUCGUCAGAGUGCUGAGCUGGAAAAUCAAAUGACUAGUGUUGAGCGUGUACUUGAGUACGGUGCGCUGCCGCUUGAAGAGGAAAUGACUGGCAAUCCCGAGCCUGAAAACGCCGACAAAGCUGUGGUGGAAAAGGUGUCCAGCCCGUCAUGGCCACCAUCAGCAUCGAUUGAAUUUCGCAACCUAUCCUUGCGUUACGCGCCUGGCACGCCGCUGCGUCUACAGAACAUUGACUGCACCAUCCCCUCGGGUAGCUUUGUGGGCAUUGUGGGUCGUACAGGUGCUGGGAAGUCAUCGCUGUUGGCUGCACUCUUUCGCAUGGCUCCGACCGAGGGCGACAUUUUGCUGGCCGGCACCCCGACCUCGCAGCUGCCUCUACCGCUCCUACGUGCCAAGCUGGGUGUUAUUCCCCAAGAUCCGGUUCUUUUCAGCGGCUCUGUGCGCAAGAAUUUGGACCCUUUUGAUGAAUUUGAGGACGCUGACCUGUGGCGAGCACUUGAGCUUUCCCACAUGGAUGAUGUGGUUCGCAAGCUGAGCGGUGGCCUAGACGCACCCCUCAGCGAAAGUGGAGGCAACCUGUCCGUCGGUCAGCGCCAGCUGCUCUGCAUGGCGCGAGCCAUGAUCAAAACCACGCGCUUUUUGGUCAUGGAUGAGGCCACCGCCAACGUGGACACGGCCACGGAUCGCAUCAUCCAGACGGCACUACGCGAGCAGUUUACAAGUAGCACGGUGCUUGUGAUUGCCCACCGCUUGCACACGAUUCUGGACUCGCACUAUGUAAUGGUUAUGGACAAGGGUCAGCUGGUUGAAUUCGGCUCCCCAUUGGAGCUGAUGGACAAGGGCGGCAUCUUUACGAGCCUGGUCAAGCAAGCCCGUAUCAAGCGAGAGACGAUUGAAAACCUCAGCCGCAAAAAGUCGUCAUGA